ACGUUGUUACUCUCAAAAACUUUCUUCUUCUGCUUCUUCUACGAACGGAGGAUCUCGUUUACGCAUUUUAUCGAACAGUUUCAGUGCAUCAAAAAAAAAGAAGCUACGAAGUGGUGUGAACUCAGACGGACUAUGGGAUUUUCGCAUGCUGUUCGACUCAAUAGAUCCUCGUCGUCGUCUCGUUCGUGUUGUUGUUAGCCGAUGAGGAAUGUCGUUGUUGCUCUCCGCCAUCACCGCCGGGUGUCGCUUCUCCGGGGAAUUGUAGCGUUACGUGAUAACAAAACUAUUGACUUCAAGCAUGGGGAGUACGUAUCGAGAGGGAAUGAUGAUGGCUUCUCAAGACAGACGACAAGUACAUGGGUUUCACCAUUCUACCUGCAACACAGAGCGUAUUCAUCAGGCUUUACCAGCGUACAUGGUGGAAUACCUACAUCAGAUUAUGCAAAGUUGCGGAGAGAAUCCCUUGAAACCGAAUUUGGACAAGCUCUUGGAGCAUAUAGCUCGAAAAGUUUUUCUGCAGUGUAUCGUUUUGGCCCCUUUUUGGCAUUGUAUAGAGCUGCAAUCAUUUCAUACCAUGUGGUGAAGCUUGCCUUUUGGCAGCUCUUUGUUCAGGAUAUGAGGAAACGGGCUGUCAAGUUCCGUGAGACUCUUAUCAGCUUGGGGCCUUUCUACAUUAAGCUUGGACAGGCACUGAGCACGAGACCAGAUAUAUUACCAUCUGUAUAUUGCCAAGAACUUUCAAAAUUACAGGACCAAAUUCCUCCAUUUCCAACUACUGUUGCCAUGCGAUGUAUUGAAGAGCAACUAGGUGCUCCAGUGUCAAAACUUUUUGCAGAUAUUAGUCUUAAGCCUGUUGCUGCUGCAUCGCUGGGUCAGGUAUACAAAGCUCAUCUGCAUUCUGGACAGUUGGUAGCUGUUAAGGUUCAGAGACCUGGAAUGUCACUCAUUCUAACACGUGAUGCCCUCUUAUUCAAAAUGAUCGGGGGACAACUGAAACGAUUCGCAAAAGCCCGUAAGGAUCUUUUGGUGGCGGUGAAUGAGAUGGUCAGACAUAUGUUUGAUGAAAUAGAUUACGUUCGAGAGGCGAAAAAUGCAGAACGGUUUGCUUCUCUAUACAGUUUUGACUUGGGGAAUGAGCAGAUUAACGACAACGCUGGACCUAGGAUCAAGUCCAGAAAUCACAGAGCAGAGAACAUCAAAGUUCCUAAAAUUUACUGGAAUUUUACACGCACGGCAGUGCUCACAAUGGAGUGGAUCGAUGGCAUAAAACUAACAGAUGAAAUUAAGCUGAGAAGGUUUUCCCUUGAUAAAAGGGACUUGAUUGAUCAGGGCUUAUCCUGUUCGUUAAAGCAGCUUCUUGAGGUUGGAUUCUUUCACGCUGAUCCGCAUCCAGGAAAUCUUGUGGCUACGAAAGAAGGCUCUCUUGUUUAUUUUGACUUUGGGAUGAUGGGGAAUAUCCCACGCCAUUACCGUGUGGGACUGAUUCAAAUUCUGGUGCAUUUUGUCAACCGUGAUUCUCUAAGUUUGGCAAAUGAUUUCCUUUCCUUGGGGUUUUUGCCUGAAGGGGUCGAUAUUCAAGCGGUUUCAAACGCUUUGCGUGCUUCAUUUGGUUCUACUACCAGAAUUUCACAAGAUUUCCAGGGGGUGAUGGAACAAUUAUAUGAUGUUAUGUAUGAGUUCAACUUUUCGCUGCCUCCAGAUUAUGCUCUUGUCAUAAGAUCCCUUGGUUCACUAGAAGGCACGGCUAAGAUUCUUGAUCCAGAGUUUAAAGUGAUCGACAGCUCAUAUCCAUUUGUAAUCGGGAGGCUAUUAGCAGAUCCAAGCCCCGAUAUGAGGAAAAUACUGAGGGAACUUGUCAUUUGUAAUGACGGAUCAAUAAGGUGGAAUCGACUUGAACGCCUGGUAGCAGCAAUAUCCGAACAGGCUUCUGCAACUUCAGGAGACUCUCCAGAAGAUCAAACAUUGAAGAAAUCAUCGGAACUAAAAUCAUUCGACAUGCAUUCAGUAGUUUCCGCCACGGAAGAUCUGCUAUUGUUCAUAUUAUCAGAGAAAGGGCAGAGAGUUCGGGUCUUCCUUCUUCAGGACAUAAUCAGAGUGGUCGAUAUUUUCCUGGAAGAAGAGGCUUUUGAUUUCAACAAGACUGUCAAUCUCAGGGAAGAAGGGACAAUGAAAAGAGUGAGCAAUGGAUUCAGGUGUCUGAGUGAGGCGGUGAAGCUUGCACCUGGAAUGUGGACAGCAAUGUUUCUCCGAAUGUCAAGGAAGUCUGAGGUUCAUAGUUAUGCUUUAGAUAUUAUUUCUGCAUUGUCUACCCAUUUUGGCCACAAAGUGCCUCACACUUGUUGGAUCCUUCUCUCCAAAUUGUUCCAUCAUAGUAGGAGCCAAUAAUCAUCAUCCUUGGGUCUUACGUUCGGUUAUACCAUCGACUCUUAGUAAGAUUAGGUUUACUUUGUUGUUAUAGGACAACCACGACCAAUAGAAGAUUAGCCUAAACUAACGUAAUAUAAUUUUCACCUGAAACGUUAAACUGGUUUGCUAACAGAUGAAAAAGAAAAAGUCUAACUUAAGACUUUUUGAGUA